CAUGAACGGGACCUGCCUUAAUCGGCUUUCACACUCAGGAAAGAUAAGGCCAAGAUGUAUCAUUGGUAGCAGAAUCAAGCACUGGUUUCAUUGCUUGUCUUUAGGUCAAGCGUUGGCGCGUGCCGCAAGCUUUUCUUCGCAGCCAUGCACCACUCUCUCGGGACAGCUCAUAUAUUCUGCAGUGAUACACACGACAAAUGCGUAUCUUUAAACUUCCGAAUGUUCUCCAUAGGGACUUAAGCUACACUGAAAGGCUCCCUUCAUCGCUUUCGCGAAAAGUAUAUUUCCAUGUCUCGUCAUGACUACACGACCGAUGUCUGCCAGAGAAGAUGAGCCUCUACUCAACCCGAAUGCUCGCAGCUACCGAACGAGAUCAGUUAUUAUCCUCGUCGCACUGGUCAUAGUCAUCACAAGUGUCGCUGGUGGGUUGAUCGGUCUGCCAUUCGUCCGACUUAUCGAAGAUGCAAUAUGCCAGGAACACUAUGCUUCUAGGCCAGUCGAAGGAGGAUUGUUCAUUACUUCUGAUGUGGAUGAAGCGCAUUGUAGAGUCGAUGCUGUACAGUCCAGAUUGGCUUAUGUUCUAGCAAUCCAAGAGAUGCUCGAUGCCAUUGCUGGUUUUACUUUUGCUUUGCCGUAUGGUUUAUUCGCUGACAGAAUUGGCCGUACGAAGGUCCUCGCACUAUCAUUUCUCGGUAUAUGGCUGGCCGGUUGCUGGGCAGGUCUCGUUGUAUGGCAACGCAACAUCUUUCCCAUCUGGACCAUUUGGUUCUCAACAGCUUUUCAAGCCAUAGGAGGCGGUCCCGGUAUUCCAAUGACAAUGAUAUAUACGAUCAUUACCGAUGUCCAGGUUGAAGCUGAAAGGACAAACACUUUCUUCUACGUUUCAGUGUGUGGGAUGAUAGCAGAUCUAAUCGCGCCUACCCUGGCGGCAAGUCUCAUGGCGGUUUCACCCUGGUUACCCUUCACCAUCGGCAUCUCCGCCAUGGCUUUUGCGAUGCUAUUGACGCUCUCGAUCCCAGAAACCUAUCACGCUCGCACACGUAUAACCUCCAGCCCACGGCAAGGUCCAAUUGAUGCACAGCCGAAACCCUAUGGCCUCUUGCAUCACCUCAACCAAAUACUGGCAAUGUUCAAAUCACGCUCUUUAUGUCUGAUCUUCGUAUCAUUCGUCGGAGAGCAAUUGAUACUCAAAAACAGCGGCUUCGCCAUGCGAUACGUCAGUAAACGCUUUUCCUGGCCACUCUCUCGCUUCGGCUACUUCAUGUCCGCCAGAGCUCUAGUCGGCAUCUUGAUCUACCUCCUCAUUCUCCCUCGCAUAUCAUCCUUCCUCCAACACCGCAUGCUAUUCCCUCCAUUGCGUAAAGAUCUACUCCUCGCUCGCACCAUGGGCAUUAUUCUAGCCAUCGGACUCUUUCUCACUGCUGGUCCCACACUAGGCUGCGUGCUUAGUGGUCUGUUACUCGUUACCAUCGGCUCUUCCUCCACAACAAUCUGUCGCUCCAUCGCUGCUCAUUUUGUCGAUUCCAGACAUGUGGCUUCCAUGUAUACGUUUCUUAAUCUACUUAAUACGGCAGGAGCGAUCUUGGCUAGUCCUUUGCUGGCGUCGACUUUUGUGCUCGGGAUGAGAUGGGGUGGAGAUUGGCAGGGCUUGCCAUACUUAUGUUUGGGUGUCCUUGGUACGGUUUCAGCGAUUGCGUUGUUUUUGAUCCGUCGGGGGACAGGAGAGGUCGAAGAGAUGGAGAAUGAUGGAGAAUGACAAGCUGUAGACGAAGCAUUUCCGUGGCUUUGGAUAUGGUACUGCGCAUACCGAGUACUCCCAGCGCCGGAUGCGGCGACGACAUAACUCUGGAAACGGAAGAAGCUCUCGAGAGAUCGAAGAGUGUCCAGUGAAAGGUCAAACAUGUCAAGCUCUCGACAUGCACUCUCCGAGCUCUCGAUGUGCUUGCGCGUUCUGAUAGCUAGCUAGCCAAGCAACCCUACCAGACAGUGGACACAAGAUAAGCAUAACAAGACCCGCUUGAACCAGUGAGAGUAUUCAAAGAGUGAAGUUGAUGAAU